UAGUUUUUAUUUUAUAAGAUUUUAAUUUCAGUUUUAAAUUUAAAUUAGGUUCUUCAAUCCAUAAAUAAAUAUUUCACGUACUGCAAAGUCGUAUCUUCGUUUAUUUUUUAAACAUAAUGGAUGAUUUAUACGAUAAUUUGGAAAAUUAUAACGACGUUAAUAUCGUUGAUGAGUUAAAAUGUGAAAAUAGGGAGCUAAAAUUGAAACUUGAAGAGAUUUCGAAGUCGAUGGCUCAGUUACAAAAAAACAUUUUGCAGGAUUUUGACAAAGUAAAUUUUGAAUACAAGAAAUUGGAAAUUAACUACUCCUCAUUAUUAAAAACAGCACGCGCUGAAAUUGAGAGGAAAACUGAAACGAUUAAAAAUUUAAAUUUGGAAAAAGAUAUGAUAGUAAUAAAUGCAUUGAAAGAAACUGGUAAGAAUGUCUUAAAAGUAAAAAAAGGUAAUUUUAAUAAUAGAAACGGUAAAAAGAAUAACAAUACAACUGAUCCUGAUGUUAACAAAGAAAAACCUAAUAACAAAGCUACACCAGAGAGUAAACAUCACAAAAAUAAUGGAGUUGAUUCUAGUUAUGCACCGUCUGUAGAUUCUAUUCCCUCCAUAAGUACUGGCUAUAAGUCGACAUCUAGUGAAGAGAAAGCCACUAAGCCCGUAGAAUCUUGUGAAAAACCUAAAAACAAAGAGAAUAUUUCAAAAGAUAAUCAUAAGGAUGAGACUUUACAAAGAUGUAAACACAUUAUUAAUAGAAGAAAAUCUGUGCCAGCAUUGAGCAUACAAGAAGCAAAAUUUAGUUCCGAUGAAGAUAUCGAAGCGAAAAAUGCGGCGACAAGAAAAUCACCUCUUAGAAGUGACUUUAAACAUAACGCAUGGCAUGAUCCUAAAGAUUAUAGAAUAGAACCUCAUGAAUCUAAUGAGUCAUCCAAAGAGCAUUCUAGACUUAGGACUAGUAGACAUUCAAACUAUGAAAAGUUCAGAAAUGUAGGCAGACACGAAACUUUCCAAAGACAUAGAGGACAAUACAGUCUAGAAAGAGACCGGCACAGGUAUAUUAAUGAACAUGCUGAAGAUUAUAAUGUAAGAGGAGACUACGGUAAACAAAGAGUAUCAAGAACAAACAGUCCAGCAACUGAUAAAUAUAACCGCUCAAAGAGCCGAGACAGAAGGUUUAACUAUGACCGGGAGAAUUACCGUGAAUAUGAUAGACAUUCUAAUCGAAACUAUGACCAUACUGUAGUGAAGCACAGAACACGAAAUGAAUUUGACGAGCCCUGUAGUAAGAGACAGAAAAUUGACUUACAUAGUAAAGGUGCAGCAGAAACAAACAGUUACAUGAACAAUAAGGAAAGGGAAAUCACUGAGAGAAUUCAUGUUUCGAAAUCUCAAUUUAAACAAAAUUCUUCUUGCCAGUCACCCGAUCAAGUAAAUGUUGAUUUUCAACAUUAUGUUAAAGAAGUAAUAAGCACAGCUGAAUCGAAAUUGGAAGAUCCUAGAAUAUCAAGUAAAAAAUAUAUAUUAAAAACAUCUAACGACGGUACAAUAUUAUCAACAGUGGUUGGUCGAAAUAUUGAAAUGCAAUGUGUUGAUAAAUCUCUUUGGAACUUUGAAAAGUCAGAUGUACCAACAGCAUUGUCACAACCAAUAUCUGAUCGAGAAAAUGAUGAUUUAUUAAAAGAAAUAUAUAUGGACGUUGACAAUUCACAGUUACAUCAUUCAUUGGCAUCAGGUGAAAUACACGAUUUGAAUGAUGAUGUAGCUACAAAUUAUUCAAAGGAAAUUCAUAAAGAUCAUGACAAUAUUAGGGAAGGAAAAAGUAAUACAAAUGAUUCUGAAAUUAGAAAUUUAAAUGUAUGUAAGGAAAAAGUUAUUGAUACAAAUACUUUUGAAAAAUCUUUAAAAACAAACUUUAAAAUACCAAAGAUUAAAACACCUGAUAAAAUGGAUAAAGACAAAGAUUUAGCCCACCGAGAACACUGUGAUAUAUCCAAGAAAAGUAAUACGAAUUUGGAUACCAAUGUUGAAAAUCGUCAACAUAUACAUAUUGAAUAUAUGUCUGAUAAACAAAUAAAUAAAAAGAACAAAAGUAAAAACGAUAUUAAAAACAAUUCAGAAUCUGAUAAAGAUAUACUUGAUAAUAGAACACUGAUACAAGAACCCUAUGAUAUAUCCAAGAAAAGUUGUACGAAUUUGGAUACUCAUGUUGAAAAUCAUCAACAUAUACAAAAUAAUGAUCAAAUUACUGAUAAACAAAAUAAUAAAAAGAACAAAAGUAAAAAUGAUAUUAAAAACAAUUCAGAAUCUGAUAAAGCUAUAAUUGAUAAAAGAACACAAGAUCCUUGUGAUAUAUCCAAGACAAGUGAUACGAAUUUGGAUACUCAUGUUGAAAAUCAUCAACAUAUACAAAAUAUUGAACAAAUUUCUGAUAAACAAAAUAAUAAAAAGAACAAAAGUAAACAUGAUAUUAAGGACAAUUCAGAAUCUGAUAAAGCUAUAAUUGAUAAAAGAACACAAGAAAUUAUAAGGACCAUUGAAGGUGAUUUGGAACUAAGUGAUGAUGAAGCAAGUGAUAUUGUGGAGUUUCAUAAUGACACAGACAAAAAAUCAAAUUAUAGCUUACAUGAGCCUAUAAUUAUCCUAAACAUAGAUAAAGACUCAAAUUCUUCUAUUAGAAAAGAAAACAAACAUGAUGUAUCUUCCUUUAAAUCUGAACCAACAAGUACAAAAAAAUCUGACAAAGUCAAAUCUUUGACUUCUUCCAAGGAUUCUUUCAAUGAAAGUAAGAAACGUAAAAGUAAAAAGAGAACAUUUGAACAAAAGGAAACACAUUCUGUUACAUCACACCAACAAAAUGAAAAAUCUCAUAAUACAAAAAAAAUUAAAGAAAAAGAUAGCAAGCAAACGGUUUCUAAGCAAACAAAAAAUAAAUUCAGUGAUUUAUUUGGCGAUAGUAGUAGCUUAAUAACGCCCGAUGAUCUCGGUUUAAACAACAUACAAGUACAGUCAGUAGAUAAAUAUUCAUCAAUAUUUGAUAAUACUCAAGAUGCAGUUGACUUGAGUGUGGAGGAUAUUGCUAAAACACUAACCAGAGUCAAUAAAGUUAAUACCUUUGAUACUGUUCUAGAUGAAUUACAUGACGAAAAAGUUGAAAACACUAUGACAAAUAAUUUCGGUGUAAAUGUAACCGUUGUUAAUGAAAAUGAUGAAAACAGGACAGAGGAUAAACCAUCUGUUUUAAAUAACGUUUAUGAAAAUACUAAAUCAGAAACAUUGACAGAUGCGUCUAAUAUUGUUAAAACGGUAAUCAUAUCUUCAGGAAUUCAACCGAACUGCUUAGCCGAAAGUUCUCCGUUAGAAAAUAUUCCUCAAAUAGAUGCACCUUCACUUAAAGCCGUGGCUAAUGAUGCUAGUUUGAAAAAAUGUCCAUUAAAUAGCAUCAAAGCUUUGGCAACAUCCACACCUCAAAAAUAUAUUGAACAUGUUGAUGUUUCUGCGGCGCUAAGAGAUUCUCUCGGUACCAAUACAAAUGCGCCUACCGAAGACAGUGCCUCGUCUAAUAUGAGUAAUUCUAGUCUAAACAAUUCAGAUGCGCUUCAAAAAGAAGCAGACAUACCUGAUGUUAGAAUUUUCGUUAGAAGAAGACGUAAACUUGUAAGAAAAGCUACGCAGUAGGUUAUUUUUUAAGGAAUAUAUUAGAUCUCAGUCUCAAAGUUUUAAAGUUGUCUUGAUAACAAUAUUGUAUUAUACUUAUGUACAUUGGUUUUCUUAGAGUUCUAUUGUAAUAUUACACCUUGUAAUAUAUUUAAGCCGGCUUUUCACUAUGGGAUAUAAAUAUGAGAGGAAAAUAAUAAAUGUGACAAAAAUAAACUAUUUUUUUCUAAUUGCGCAGAAAAAAAUUGUCGAAUUUCAACUAAAAGAUAAAAGUGUACAUUAAUAUUGCUCAACGUAUUUUAAUAGAAAUAUAAUAGACUUCAACGCUUUGAUGUAUUAUAUUUAUAAACAUUUUUUUUUCCGACGAAUAUUUUUCUCAGUGAAAAAGCGAUAUUUUUAGGUUUAGAUACUUACUCUCUUUCAAAAGGACUAUAAAAUAGACUGAAUUU